AUGGGAGUUGGAACGGUUAUAGAGCCUCUGGUGGUUAUUGUUCUCUUGUUUGGAGGCACCUGGAUAAAUCGCUCUGUCGGAUCAUCCUCGACUCGGCGCUACAGCCGACGGAACUCGAAUGACCUUGGACGAGCCGCUUCAUUUGAUUCUUUGGAAUCGGGAUACUCAAGUCAAUCAACCAAGGAUGGCCUGCUGGGCUCUCGGUUCCACUCCCCACAAGCCCCGGAAGAUGGAUGGCACAAGCGACAAGUUGGACUCCUGGGGUUGAAUUUGGAGGUGUCAUCGCCGAAUACUAUUGUGUUCCAAGACCGCUUGCUCAGUCGGGUUGCUCCGCAAGUUUCCUUUCUUGGUGGAAUGUUGGUAUUGGGCUUUGGUUUACUGGGUAGGACGUACCAGCUCGGUCGAGCCUUUACCGCCGUGACUCUCAAGGAUGAUACCGUCGAUGUCGCGAGGAGACACGCGUUGCAACUAAUCGUGAUAGAGGAGAAGCUAGGGAUGUUCUGGGAGAUCUUGAUUCAAAGACACUUCCUUCGCCAACCCCUUGUCAUGCCUUGGAUCAAUUGGAUAUACUCCUUCAUACACAUUCCCGGGACAAUCGCAUUUCUCGUCUGGCUUUAUUACUACACUACCGUGCGGAAUCGGAUCGAUGAGGCUCAGCCCGGAAAGCCCAAGGGUGCUGUAAGCGGGUCGCCUGCAGGCCCUCUUCUAUACCAGGCGCGCCGGCGGACUUUGGCCGUGUGCAAUCUGCUCGCUUUUGUGGUUUUCACUCUUUGGCCUUGCAUGCCACCUCGGUUACUGAGUGACACGGCCCCGACGGGUGAAGAGGCGGAUCUAGCCCGCAGUUAUGGGUUCGUGGACACGGUGCAUGGUGUCAAUGGAUCGGGCAGUGUUUGGACAGAAAACCGCUUCUCGGCAAUGCCUUCCUUGCAUUUUGGCUACUCUCUGAUGAUUGGCCUCACACUGAUAACAAUCCCUUUGCCACAGCAUCAUCGGCGCACAACUCGUACUCGGCUGACCCGUGCCCUGAGACUAAACAUCCCAUCAUGGCGCCGCCUUGUUUGCGUCAUACUCGGCUUCCUAUAUCCAUUUACCAUCCUUGUGGCCAUUGUUGCCACAGCCAACCAUUUUAUUCUGGAUGCUGUCGCGGGAGCUCUUGUAUGUGCCUUGGGGUGGUAUUUCAAUGGCAUACUACUCAAUCUGUUGCCACUGGAAGACUACUUCCUUUGCCUUGUCCGGAUUCAUAAGCCGGAACCGUCACUUCUCGUCCCUGAAGAGGAUCUCCCCAGUGAAAGUGCUUCAGAACAUGCUUGCAUCUGA